AUGUGGAACGACAGUAGUCUGUGGAACGACAGUAGUCUGUGGUACGACAGUAGUCUGCGGAACGACAGUUGUCUGUGGAACGACAGUAGUCUGUGGUACGACAGUAGUCUGUGGAACGACAGUAGUCUGUGGAACGACAGUAGUCUGUGGAACGACAGUAGUCUGUGGAACGACAGUAGUCUGUGGUACGACAGUAGUCUGUGGAACGACAGUAGUCUGUGGAACGACAGUAGUCUGUGGAACGACAGUAGUCUGUGGAACGACAGUAGUCUGUGUCCUUCCUCCACUAGUCCUUCUCCCACUAGUCCUUCUUCCACUAGUCCUUCUCCUUCCUCCACUAGUCCUUCCUCCACUAGUCCUUCUCCCACUAGUCCUUCCUCCACUAGUCCUUCCUUCCUCCACUAUCCUUCCUCCACUAGUCCUGCCUCCACUAGUCCUUCUUCCACUAGUCCUUCCUCUACUAGUCCUGCCUCCACUAGUCCUUCUCCCACUAGUCCUUCCUCCACUAGUCCUUCCUCCACUAGUCCUUCCUCCACUAGUCCUUCCUCCACUAGUCCUUCCUCUACUAGUCCUGCCUCCACUAGGCCCAAAGAGUUCUGCUGA